CUGAGCUACGCCGUGCACCCGGCCGAGAGCAAGGCCGAGCGCGUCAGGACCAAGCUGCGGCGGCAGUUCAGCCUGGGGUCGGCUGACAAGAAGGACUUUUACCAGCCAAAGUCAUCCUCCCCUAAAAUGACCCAGCAGAUGCGGGACCUGCAGCUGGCGCAGGCCAGGAAGCCACCAGGCCCUUCCUCACCAAACGCAGCCAAGAGGCUCUACCGAAACCUGUCCGGGAAAUUCCGCGUCAACUACACCUCCUUCGACGAGGGCAGCCUGGUGGGACGGGGUGAGAAGGAGAAGCUCCGCAAGUCCUACCUGUUCCAGAGCAAUGCUGCGCUCUUUGAGGCCGUGGAACUGCAGGAUCUUGACAGGGUGCAGGAGAUGCUGAAGCACUAUAGCCCUGAGGAGCUGGACCUCAACACCCCCAACAGUGAGGGGCUCCUGCCCCUGGACAUCGCCAUCAUGACCAACAAUGCUCCCAUCGCCAGGGCCCUGCUGCAGGCGGGAGCGAAGGAGAGCCCACACUUUGUGAGCCUGGAGAGCCGCUCGCUGCACCUCUCCACGCUGGUGCGGGAGGCGGAGCAGCGCGUCAACGAGCUGAUGGCGCAGGUGGUGAACGAGGCGCCCAACGCUGACUGCUCCGAGAAGGAGAAGCAGCUCAAGGCCUGGGAGUGGCGGUUCCGGCUGUACAAGCGCAUGAAGGCAGGGUUUGAGCAUGCCCGAGUGCCAGAUGCCCCCAGCAGCGUCCACCUCUCUGUGGCCAGCAGCACCUCAUUGCAGGUGACCUUCUGGGAGCCCCUGAGUGUCAACGCAGCCGUUGUCACCAAGUACAAAGUGGAGUGGAGCUGCUCCCCUACCUUCUCACCACUGCUGGGAGAAGCUGUGAUUGACAAGCUGAAGGACCUGCACUUCACCAUCCAGGGGCUGGUGUCGGGCACAGCAUACCACGUCCGCGUGUCUGCCUACAACAUGAAGGGCUGGGGUCCCCCGCAAGCCUCCACGCCCCCCUUCGCCAUCCCUUCCAACUGGCGCGAGUACGACGGGCGGGCGCCGCGGCGGAGGGGACAGGCUGAGGCUCUGGACCAUCUCCUGGGCCAGGUGAAGACCGUCCACCAGCACUGCAUUUGCCACGAGCCCUGCAAGAACCAGCCCCAGAGCAGAAAGCAUUCAGUCUCCAAGAGCCUCAAGCACCUCUUCCACCCUGGCAGCAAGUUUCUCAAGACACUGAAGCGGGGCCUCUACCUGACAGCCAUCUUCUACAAGGAUGACAACAUCCUGGUGACCCACGAAGACCAGAUCCCCGUGGUGGAGAUUGAUGACACCUACUCCUGCCUGCUCAUGCAGGAUUUCCUCUGGCUCACCAAGGUGUCAUGCAUGUGGGACGAGAUCCUGUGGCUGCGGCAGUGUGUCACCGUGUCCCAGUCCUCCUGCUCCUGCAUCCUGCAGACGCGCUUCAAGAUGCUGCUGGCCAUCUCACAGAUGCAGGGGCUGCUGGGCAUCCAGGACCUGGGGCAGGUCUUCUUUGAGCCCAUCAAAGACAAACAGGGCAACAUCCUCAUCGUCACCCUGAAGGAGGUGAAGACCAACCAGACCUUCGAGAGCGUCCGCUGGGUGCCCAUCUGCAAGCUGCAGAGCGGCCGCAAGUCCGUGUCCUCCCCCGAGGAGCCCACAGCUCUGGACACACUGCUCAUCUCCCUGCAGGACAAGCUGGCUUAUCACCAGCGGAGCAGCCAUGCCCUCUCCCCGGGCCUCUACCUGGGCUACUUGAAGCUGUGCAGUGCCGUGGAUCAGAUCCGAGUGCUGGUGCCAGAGCAGCUCCCCAACAUCCUGUGCCACGUCAAGAUCCGCUCCAACCCCAACAUCUCCAGAGAGGAGUGGGAGUGGCUGCAGAAGAUGGCCAGCGUGGAGGAGCCUGUUCCCACAGAGCCAGAGACUGACAGGUCCCAGAACCCCUUGUUUCAGGAGCUCCAAGUGGCCAUCAAGGAGCUGAUGACCCUGGUGAACAUCCCACUGCAAGAGGCCAAAGACUUCCGUCUGUACAGCCAAGAGGUGCUGGACUUUGGGGAUCAGGUCUCCUUCCUGCUGCUGCUGCCUCCGUCAGACGACGUCUGCACCGCUCCGGGCCAGAACAACCCCUACACCCCUCGCUCUGGCUUCCUCACACUGCCACUGCAGAUCUUUGAGCUGGUCCACUUCUUCACGUACAGCCGGGAGUUCAUCACACAGUACUGCCAGGUGUCCGCCCUGCUGGAGCUGGAGUCACUCCUGUCCCAGCAGAGCCUCAGGGAGGCUUUCUCCGAUGCCGAGCUCACCACUGCCAAGCAGAGGCACCAGCAGGUUCAGGACUACAUCCAGCAAAUGGAGGAAAUCUGGCGAGAGAUGCGCUGGAUCAUGGAUGUCCUGCAGCACGCCCGCUACAAGCAGCCCUCCUGUGGGAUCUCUCUCAGCGGCUUCCUCAGCGAGGCUGGGGGAGCAGCGAAGGAGAAAACCCGAUCCUCCUCGUCCCACCUUGACUACCUUCCAUCGCCAGUGCUCUCACCAGAGACCAGCCGCAAGCUCAACUCCGACUCGCACGGCCUGUCGGACGAGGAGGGCUCCUCGGAGGUGUUCCUGGCCACCGACAGUGACUACGACUCCAGCCGGGCGCAGAGCCCGAAGGAGCUGGACCUGGUGUGCUCCACCACAGGGCCCGAGUGCUGCAGCCGGAGGGCGGCCCGCACCCUGCGGGACAGUGCCCCCGACGUCCUGCAGAGCCACGAGCUCCAGACCCCACCCGCAGUGCCGCCCCCGCCCGAGGAGCCCCGGCCACCGGCCAAGCUCUAUGACAGUGACUUUGUCCUGCCCAGCCGGCAGAUCGAGCUGCUGCGCAUCACCGAGAAGCGACAGGCGUACUGCGUCCGGACCAGCAGCCUGGACUUCCCCAAGCCCCACUGCCCUGCCCCGAGGAAGUCCUGCCCCGGCUCCGUGGACAGCUCCCCGGCCGAGAGCAGGAGCACGGGCCCCUGCGGGCCGCUCCGGCUGGGGCCUGGCUCCACACCCAGCCCCGAGCGCCGCCGGGGCCGCCGCGGCUCCGAUGAGUGGACUCAGGGCUUGCCAGAGCAGCAGCCAGAGCAGCCUGGGGGCUUGGCCGACCAAGGGAAGAAGCCGGGCUCUGUCACCUUGAGGGUGUGCCCUCAGUACGAAACGGGACUCUCCAAAGAGACCAGUGUCAAGCUGCACAUCACCAGCCAGACGCCUGCCAGUGAGGUGGUGAAGCUGGUGGUGCUGGAGAUGAACGGCAUCGCACGGGACAUGCUGGGCGCCUCAGCCGCCGUCUGCUACGGCGAGGAGCAGCUGGAGCACUUCGGGCUGGUGUUCGCUGCCAACGAGAGCGAGCGGUGGCUCCCCGAUGACUUCUUGCCUCUGUCCCUCCACACCAGCCAGCCCGAGGGGCGGUUCCUGGUGCGCAUCAAGGAGACGUCCCCUCUGGUGCUCCAGUACGGGCCAGCGACCACCGUAUGAGAGAGGAGAGCGGCGGGACGGAGCGGAGACCUCGGCUUCCAGAGCAGACAGCUCGUCUCUGAUGCUUCCUUCUUCCACAGACACCCUCUCAUCAGGCGUCCACAGGGUGGAAUGGGAUCACACUGGGUUGUGUGUUCUUUCUUUGUGCUAUUUUUUAAUUUUUUUUUUUUAACCAAAGACACAUCGAGACUCAGUUUUUCUGACUGGAGAAGAGGAGGGUGGAGUCCAGAGACCUCAGAGCUCAGGAGGAAUCUCUGCAGGAAUGGAAUUUUUGAAAGUAAAUAUUUUUAAGGAGAAACAGGGGGGGGAGAGAGAGAGAGGAAAAAUAUUACAAGAAGAAGCAGCAAUACUUUUUUUUUCCCCUUUUUUUUCUGAAAAACCUUGUUUGGGAUUCACUGAAGGCAAAGCCACAGAGGAUUGCUGGGGAGAGCUGUGGUGUCAGUGAGGAGAGGGCAGGAGCCACAAGGACAACCCUGAGAAGGGCAUUUUCCUAUCUGCCCUCCUUUCACUGCACCUGGAGAAAUGAUUCUUGCACAAAGUUCUUGGAAAAUUAUAUUAUUAUUUUUAUUCUGAAAAAAGUCAAUAAUCAUUGUGCCAGAGCCACUGGAAUUGGGUAAAGGUGAAGACCCUUUGCCUUGUGUCCAAGACUAAAGGAACACAUGCAGCCAGCCCCCUGCACUCACAGAUGUGUCAAUACCACACUAGAGAUUUGCUAUAGAGCAUCUCCUGCAAACCCCUGGGCUUCCCUGUCCCCCUGGGUGCCGUUUUGUUCUGGUGAUUGUGCUUCUCUAGUCCGUCCUACAGCAUGACAUUUUGUUAGCCACUAGGUCUCCUGUUAACAAGGUUACUUUUCUGAUCUCCUGUGGUCCAUAGUAAAAAAGGCUGCUGCUGACUGCA